GGGAGAGUCAAGAGCAAUGCACCGUGAAACCAAACUGAGAUAGAAAACCUUGGUCGGCAAGCCGGGCUGUGUCCCCAGCUAAUUUUUUGAGUGGCCAAACUAGAUGGUGGCCCGAAAGCACAGCAGGAAAUGACGCAAGGUAGCGAUGAUGAUGAUGAUGAUGAUGAUGACGAUGAUGGUUGGACAAUUGAAAUUGGCAGCCGUUCUUUGCGGAGAACCCUUUCGCAGGUGCUUUCAGGAAUUCUUUUGAGGAGGGUUGGUCUAGUCUUUCCGUGAAACGUACCAACCGACGAAGUGCAUCUCAUGGUCUGUCCAUCCGCUCAGGUUUCUGUCACAUGCAUGACAACUCAACAUGUUUUCUUGCAACGGUCGCAUGCUACGGUCAAUUGAAAGAUGAUACUCUUGCUGUGAUGGUUCCCAGCAUUCAGUAGGAAACAAUAUCUCCAGUUUGGGAGCCAUUGCGCCCAAACGCUGUGAGGAGCUGCUGGUGCGAAGGCGUCGAGAACUGCAACGUGAGAUGGGCAGUGCCCAUUUGCUCCCCUCGGCCCUGCACCUCUUCGUGCGCCGGAAACACGUGUUGCAGGAGGCCAUGAAUAUUUUCUUCCAUUGUCCUGUCGCUGAGCUACUGGCGCCGAACAUGUCUGUCUCCUUCGAAGGGGAGAAGGGCAUUGAUGCUGGCGGCCUCCUGCGCGAUUGGUUCGACUCAGUGGGCUUGGCUCUCAUGGGGCAGACCUCCCCGUUCAUCUUGGAGGCUGAUGGACUUUGUCCACAAGGUCCAGAUGAUGAGUUUGGGCCAGAGGAGCUACGAGGCUUCACGGCCUUGGGGCGCUUUUUGGCCACCGCCGUGUUGAGGGGACAUCCUUUGCCUUUGCAGUUGGGCUCGGUCGCGUGCAAGCUGCUCACCAGGGGCACUCUCUCGCUCUCUGACGUGGACGUGCUGGAUCACGACUUCUGUAAACAUCGGGUGCGGCCGCUGCUGGAGCGCGACGGGCUGCAACGUUUGGAGGAGGCCCUGGGAGAGCCAUUGACCUUUGUCUCGGCAGGGUCGCCUUCCAAGGCCUUGGUCGUGGGUGGCCACCAGCGAAGGGUCUACGAAUCCGACCGUCGGGAGUACCUGGAACUUCUGUGUCACGACCGGCUCUUGGGCGGCAAAGGCCGCAGCUAUGGCGCAUUUCAGCAGGGCUUCUGGGAAGUGCUGCCCCUUCACCUGCUACAGCGUGAGAACGUGGGCGCUGUGGAGCUGUCUGCCAUGAUCUCCGGCUCUUGCGAUCCGGACCCCGAGGAGUGGAGGCUCUACAGCAGCAGCUGCGCCAACAACAAGCUCCAGCAGCAGGUGGUGGAAUGGUUUUGGGAUGCGGUGGCCAAAGACCUCGCCGCCGAACAGCGCUGCCGUUUGUUGCGCUUCGCCACCGGCUCUAGUCGUCCACCCCCAGGCGGUUUCGCAGAGCUGCGGCCGCCCUUUGCGGUGGAAGUGUCACCUUUAGGCUCCGAGCACCACCUGCCAACGGCUCACACCUGCGUCAACAAGCUGGUCCUGCAUUUCUACAGCUCCAAGGCGCAGCUCCUGGAGAAGCUCCUCUCUGCCUUGGUGGACGAAUCGUUGGGGCCACCCAGCGCCGGAAUUCUGUGCGACGACAUGUAUCGCGGCCAACUACUCCUGCUGUUGCUGGCCCUGGGCAGCUUGGCUAACCCUUGGCCACCCGACGAAGCGCUUUCCGACGCCAGACGUCUUUUUGGGCAUCGGCCGGGGUUCACUCCGCCGCUUCGUGGGAAAGCGCGGCUGUUCCUGGACACCGCAGACGUGAGCGCCUACGAUGAGCUUCUGCCCUUGGGCAUGUUCUCGGGCGUCACCACGAACCCUGCGAUCUUGAAGAAGGACAACGUCAAGUGCACCGUCGACUCGCUCCAUCAGCUUGCAGGGCAGGCCUUCAAGCAUACGGAUGAGUUCAUGUGCCAAAGCUGGGGCAAGGAUGCAAGCGAGCUGUACGACACCGGGAUGAAACUGGCGGGUUUGGACAAGGAGAAGAUCGUGGUGAAGGUGCCGGCCACAGUGGAAGGGAUCAAGGCAGCCAAGCGCUUGUUGGAAGAAGGAGUCCGGGUCUGCCUUACUGCCUGCUACAGUGCUAAGCAGGCGCUGAUUGCCACUGGCCUGGGAGUGGAAUAUGUGGCACCUUACCUGGGGCGGAUGAACGACAACCGGAAGGAUGGCUUUGACCAGUGCUACAAGAUGCAUGAGAUCGUUGGUGGCAUUGGUGGGAAGACCCGAGUGCUGGUGGCGAGCCUGAGGGAUGUGGUGAACAUGCAGGUCCUUGCACAGAAAGGUUUGGAUACCUUCACCUUUUCGCCCCGAGUGGCGAGGCAGCUCUUGGAGGAACCCCUGACUGAGAAGGCGGCAGAAGAGUUUGAGGAGGCGGUCAAGGGCUGA